AUGUUCUCUAAAAUUCAAACACGUCCACCCGUUCUAAAUGAGCAGGAACAAGUUCAAGCUGAAAUUUUCAAGCAAGUUUUUAUACCUAGAGCCCUUAUUGAAAUUGAGGAUCCUCUCGAUCAUCAAUCGGCAGUCGACACAGAUGAUGUAUUUUUCUACAAGAGUGUGACUGGAAUUAAUGCUGAUUUGACUGCCUCGACUAACAUUCCUUAUGGUUUGACCGAACAGGAGAUGCAUGAAAUCUUCGGAAAACCAUUGAAUGAAGAGGAGGAUGACAUUAUAGAAGAAGAUGAUGGUGAUAGAAAUGUAGAUGACGCUUCUUCAACACCUCCACAUCAUCAUCAUCAACAUGACCCAAAUGACACCAGCUUUAAACAUGAUCGCAAAGAAUGGAAACAAUUUGUCAAGCAACAGAAUCGAGAGAGACGACAAAACAAGACACCUAAAAAAGUGAAAAAACAAAUCCUCAAACAUACCACCAGAAAGCCUUAA